AUUUUCCUCUGACAGUAUCCACACAACAGGAAAGUCCAGACUAUGGAGUUCUUUUGUCAAGAUGAUCACUCACAUGUCACUGUGCAAACUGUUUCCUUUAGUUCUAGUGGGGGUUGUGGUGUUUGUAGUGAGCGGGAUCACUGGAGACCCCCUGUAUGAAUGCCUUCAAGACACCGACUACAGUGAGCUUCUAGAUAUUGUGGAUAAAGGACUCCCUACCACAAAGAAACCUCAACACGUAGCAAUUAUUGGGGGUGGCGUCGCUGGACUCACCGCAGCCAGGUUUUUGGAAGAUGCCGGCCAUAAGGUGACCAUCAUAGAAGCCAGUCAUCGUAUUGGAGGACGCAUUGAGACCUUCAGGAACACAAGGGAAGGCUGGUAUGCAGAGGUGGGCGCCAUGCGGAUCCCCAGCUUUCAUAAGAUCCUGCUCUCCUUUGCCUCCAAAUUAGAAAUUCCCUUGAACCAUUUUAUCCAAAAUGACAUGAACACCUACUUUUUGCUAAAUGGAAACCUUCAUAAAAACUUUGCAGUGGUGAACAACCAUGAUGUGCUUAACUACACACUGGAUGAGGGAGAGAGGGGGAAGUCAGCUGCGCAGCUCUUCAGUGAAACUCUGUGGAAGGUGAGAGAUGAUCUUCAGACAAGUGGUUGCGGUGCAAUGUUGGACAAAUAUGAUUCCUACACAGUCAAAGAAUACUUGGUGAAAGAGGGCAAUCUGAGUCGUGGUGCGUUGCAGAUGAUUGGAGCCAUCCUGAAUGAAAACAGCCUCUUUUACACAUCCAUGCUAGAGAUGUUGUACGUUCAGUUCGACAUCAAUGACAACACUGAGUACUUUGAAGUGACCGAUGGCUUUGACCACCUAACAACGGCUCUCUACGGGACAUUAAAUGCCACAACCCUUCUCAACUCCAAAGUCAAACUCAUCGACCAAUCAGGAGGCAGAAAUGUGACAGUGACAUACCAGGACCGGCGUACUCCGAGUUCCCUGACCAACCUGACGGUAGACCAUGCCCUGGUUACAGCCACAGCCAAGUCUACCCUCUUCAUUGACUUCCAGCCACCGCUUUCUGGGGACAAAAUGGAAGCCCUGCGUUCAGUUCACUACGCAAGCUCCACCAAAGUGAUUCUGAGCUUUAGAGAGCGCUUUUGGGAAAAAGAGGGUAUCAGGGGAGGGAAGAGCAUCACAGACCGACCGUCUCGCUUUAUUUAUUACCCCAGCCACAGUUUCCCCGGAACAGACGCAGGAGUCCUGCUCGCAUCUUACACUUGCUCUGAUGAUUCCACCCUCUUUCAAGGUUUGAGCGAAGAAGAGCUGAUGGCUGUGGUCCUGGACGACUUGGUAAAGAUCCAUGGAGAUGAUAUCAGGUCUCUAUCUACUGGCGGACUGGUGAAGAAGUGGGGCUUGGACCCCUACAGCCUGGGAGCCUUUGCCCUGUUCACACCCUACCAGGGCCUUUAUGCCACAGAACUAUUCCAGAGUGAGGGACGUGUGCACUUUGCAGGGGAACACACCGCCUUACCUCAUGGCUGGAUAGAAACUUCCAUGAAAUCUGCUCUCAGAGCUGCCAAAAAUAUUAAUAGCCUCACAAUUUAAGCCUAUUGUAAAUAAAUAAAUAAGGUCAUUGAAACACCAGACACAGUUUACAUUUCAGUUAGAUGUAUUUUAUAGGUACAUAAAGUUGUAAUAUUGAAUUUUUCAUACACUAGCCUAAGUUUAUGCCUAUUUAAAUACUGUACACCAGUAAUCACUUUUGAAGUACAAUUGUUACAAUGACUCCAGUUUGCCUCAACUUUCUAUUCCAGAAAUCUGGGAAUUCAGUCACCUGGAAUACUUCAGGCCAAGAAUCAUUUGUUAAAAUGUAUGUAAAUUAAAUGUGCCAGAUGAUGGGCUUUUAAUGCUAACAUCAUACCCGUGUGUUGAUUUGGUACAUUGCACUUCUUUACAAUGCGUAGUAUGCAUCUCAAUUCAAGUGUCAUAAAAACUGUUUUAUAACAACUCUGUAGUAUUGUAUAGGGUGUACAAAUGAUAAAACUCCUUCAGGGUCAAUAAGUAUGUUCAUGACAUUGAUUUGACUUUAAAGUGCAAGGCAUAAGACUGAAAUGAUGCCUAACUGGCUACAUUUGAUGUCACGAUGCCCUUAGGUGUAAAUGUGAGACGUCUGUCUCUUGACCAUGAUGCAUUCAUUGUAUUUAUGUGACGUUAAAGCAAACAUUUUGGCGUAAUGAUAUUGUACCUCAAAUACUUCAAGUAAAACUUAAAAUUACAAGGUAAAAUUAGUAUUUAACAAACUACUAUGCAUUUUUUGGGAGCAAAUAAAGGUUUGAAGCAUUUUGCUGUGGGGGUUUUGUGUUGAAGUCACAAGUUGUGUUCAGUGCAAUCUUCAGAAUGCAGUUUUAUCAUUUCAGGUGAAAUACAGUAAUUGAUAGUUAAUCGUCUUCACUAGUCUCUUCAAGGUACAUUUGCACUCAAAAAACAUCCAUUUAUAGAGCUGUAUCAAAAAUUAUCCCUUUACAGAUACAACAAUGAUCAAUUCUGACUUAUGCUGGGUAGUAUUUUAAAAAUAGAAUUGCACUAGCUGUAG